UAAAGUUAAAGUUGAACAAUUCAAACCAUAAAUGAGAGAAGAUGGAUAGAGAGUGAAGUGAGGGAAAGUUGAAGAUUACAUUAUUGAUUGAUUGAUUGGGUAAAUCGUCUGUCUCCCUCUUCAAUCAAUCAAUUAGUUAGUUGAUAGCAACGACCGUAUGAACAGUGGCUGUAGCAGCAAAUUCAAGCACUAGAACUGCAACUAUGAGGUAUGCAGUUGUUACAGGGGGAAAUAAAGGGAUAGGGUUUGAGAUAUGCAAGCAAUUGGCUUGGAAAGGAGGGGUAUUGGUGGUGUUCACUGCUAGGGAUGAGAAAAAGGGUACUGAAGCCGUUGAGAAACUCAGAGGGUGUGGCCUUGCUGAUCGUGUGGUCUUCCACAGGGUUGACGUGAUGGAUCCACAUACCAUCAAUUCUCUUGUGGAUUUCAUCAAGACCCAGUUUGGGAGGCUCGAUAUCUUGGUGAACAAUGCUGGGAUUUCUGGAACCAUUGCAAAUACUGAAGCUCUAAGAGCUGCAGGUCUGAAUGAAAAUUGGCCACAUGAAACACAAGCUGGUUGGCGGGAGAUAAUGAAGAUGAUGAUGGAGACAUAUGAGACGGCAGUAGAAUGUAUACAAACAAACUACUAUGGGGCUAAAAGAAUGACAGAAGCACUCAUUCCCCUCCUCAAAUUAUCUGAAUCCUCCAGGAUUGUUAAUGUUUCCUCCUCCAUGGGGACGUUACAGAGUAUAAGAAAUAAAUGGGCCAAAGGAGUGCUAGGAGAUGGCGAAAAUCUUACAGAAGCAAGAGUGGAGGAGGUUUUGAAUCAGUUCCUGAGAGAUUUUGAGCAAGGUUUGUCAAAAGCCAAAGGCUGGCCUACUCUAAUGCCGGCCUACUCAGUGUCAAAAGCAGCCCUGAACGCGUACACGAGGAUCGCAGCCAAGAAGCACCCUGCAAUCUGCAUAAACUGUGUCUGCCCUGGUUUUGUCAGAACCGAUCAGACUUUCAACUUUGGUGACUUAUCUGCCGAGGAAGGAGCUGCAAGUCCAGUUAGGCUAGCACUUCAGCCUCAUGGUGGACCUUCCGGCCUCUUCUUCAUCUGUGAGGAAGUCUCAUCUUUCUAAUACAAGGAUCAAGGAUCAAUCUAAAUUAUAAUCAAAAGACGAGACCUUCUAAUUCUAGAAUCAUACGUAAAUCAGCUGAAGGUUACGGAUGAUGAUCUUGUAGUACUAAUGGCGUUAAAUUUAUGACUUUCUGGCGAUUAUCUCAAGUGUGUUUCCUUGUGCCAUUCAUUCCUUGAUCAUCAUGAUGCCAUCUGCUCAGAGACUAAUGUAAACAAAAGCAGCUGAUCUUUUAUGAGAUA